GGAGCGUUGACUAAGAUGGAGGCGGCGGGCCGAGUUGAGCUACAGCGCGAGGAGCUGCUGAUAUGUUACUGUAUCUCCUAAUAAACAGCGCACAGCGUGUCCGCGGGGAGAAGAGCCGCGCGCUUAGACCUAGCUAAUACACACCCAGUCAGCACGGAUAAUUACCGGGGUGAAACUGAUUGGUCAUCAUGGCGACGGACAUCGGCUCUCCACCGCGCUUCUUCCACAUGCCUCGGUUCCAGCACCAGGCGCCGAGGCAGCUGUUCUACAAGCGGCCGGACUUCGCCCAGCAGCAGGCCAUGCAGCAGCUCACGUUUGAUGGCAAGCGUAUGAGAAAAGCAGUCAACCGCAAAACCAUAGACUACAACCCCUCAGUCAUCAGACACCUGGAGAAUCGUGUCUGGCAGCGUGAUCAUCGAGAUUUCCGUGCCGUCCAACCAGAUGCAGGUUGCUUCAAUGAUAUGGUUCCUCCUGUUGGGAUGCUCAAUAAUCCCAUGAAUGCAGUCACCACAAAGUUUGUCAGAACGUCCACCAAUAAAGUGAAGUGCCCCGUGUUUGUUGUACGGUGGACCCCUGAAGGCAGGCGACUUGUGACUGGUGCCUCCAGUGGGGAAUUUACUUUGUGGAACGGCCUUACCUUCAACUUUGAGACAAUUUUACAGGCUCAUGACAGUCCCGUCAGGGCGAUGACCUGGUCUCAUAACGACAUGUGGAUGCUGACUGCUGACCACGGAGGCUACGUGAAGUAUUGGCAGUCCAACAUGAACAACGUCAAGAUGUUCCAGGCUCACAAGGAGGCGAUUAGAGAGGCCAGUUUCUCUCCUACGGAUAAUAAAUUUGCCACUUGCUCUGACGACGGAACCGUUCGCAUCUGGGACUUUCUGCGCUGCCACGAGGAGAGGAUUCUGAGAGGGCACGGAGCAGACGUGAAGUGUGUGGAUUGGCACCCGACCAAAGGCCUGGUGGUUUCUGGCAGUAAAGACAGCCAGCAGCCCAUCAAGUUCUGGGACCCGAAGACCGGCCAGAGUUUAGCAACACUACAUGCCCAUAAAAACACGGUGAUGGAAGUGAAGUGGAACCUCAAUGGUAACUGGCUGCUGACGGCGUCACGUGACCACUUGUGCAAACUGUUCGACAUCCGCAACCUGAAGGAGGAGCUGCAGGUUUUCAGAGGCCACAAGAAAGAAGCUACUGCUGUAGCCUGGCACCCUGUUCAUGAAGGCCUGUUUGCCAGCGGUGGUUCUGACGGGUCGCUGCUCUUCUGGCACACUGGAGUGGAGAAGGAGGUGGGCGGUAUGGAGAUGGCUCAUGAAGGCAUGAUCUGGAGCUUGGCUUGGCAUCCUCUCGGCCACAUCUUGUGCUCGGGGUCGAAUGAUCACACCAGCAAAUUCUGGACCAGGAAUCGACCAGGCGAUAAGAUGCGCGACAGAUACAACCUGAAUCUGCUGCCGGGAAUGUCGGAGGAUGGGGCAGAGUACGAUGACAAUGAACCCAACAGUCUCGCCGCCAUUCCUGGCAUGGGCAUCCCAGAGCAGCUGAAAGUCGCCAUGGAGCAGGAACAAACCAACAAAGAAACGGCACCAGAAGCAGAGAUGAGCAUCCCUGGGCUGGACUGGGGAAUGGACGAGGUCAUGCAGAAGGACCUGAAGAAAGCUCCAACCAAGAAAGUCCCGUAUGCAAAACCCAUUCCUGCACAGUUCCAGCAGGCCUGGGCAGAGAACAAGGUUCCAGCGUUGCCUCCAGGUGAGAUACCCAAGGAGAGGAAGGAUGAGAAGGUGGACGGGAAGAAGAAGACCCAGGCUGAGAUAGAGCAGGAGAUGGCAGCGCUGCAGUACACCAACCCUAUGCUACUGGAGCAACUCAAGAUUGAGAGAAUGGCUCAACUCCAAGAGCAGGGCGUUCCACCUUCUGGGGGCCAACCAGGAUCUAUGCCCCCUUUCCCUGGCCAGGGUGGUCCUAUGGCACCUCCUCCCCAAGGCUUCCCUCAGUCCAUGCCCCCACAGCAGAUGCCCCCCCACAACAUGCCCCCAAUGGGCCCUGGAGGGAUGCAGGGGCCCUUCAUACCUCAGGGCCAGAUGGGCCCUCCAGGUCCUUCCGGCCCUCCACCUCAUCAAGGUCCUCCUCCUCCACAGGGCAUGAUGGGUCCCCCGGAUCUCCACGGACCCCCGCGCCACCCCGGCCCUCACAGAAACAUGGGGCCCCAAGGCCCUCACGGCAUGCCACAGGGGCCCCGGGGUAUGCAGGGUCCUCCUCCUCAGGGCGGCAUCCCACCUGCGGGUGGCAUGAUGGGACCACCACCUCGGGGACAGGGGCCCCCACAGGGAGGCAUGAUGCAUCAGGACAUGCGGGGGCCUGCACCCCACGGUAACAUGAUGGGCCCCCAGGGGCCCAUGCAAGGAGGUAUGAUGGGACCUCCACCCAGAACUCAUGGCAGUAUGCAGGGCAUGGGGAGCAUGCACGGAAUCGGACCCCCAUCGGGAGGGAUGCACGGGCCCCCGAGCAACAUGCAGGGGCCUCAGGGUAACAUGCAGGGGCCCCCAGGAAACAUGCAGGGCCCGCCCCCUCCAUACAUGCAGCAGGGGAAGCCGCCGCCGCCACAGCAUAUGGGUGACGGGAGCCGAGGACAGUUCAACCAGGGACAGAAUUCUGGACCCCAGACAAUGAUGCACGGCCCCGGUGGUAAAGAUGGUCCUCGAGGUCCGCCGAACCACCACAUGGGCCCUCCUGACCGACAGGGCCCCGGAGCCGGAGCUGGGCCGGGCCAGGCUUCAGACGCAGGGAGUCAGUACUGGGGUGAGGAGGGGGGCUUUCAGGAGAAUUGGAGGAGAGGACCCGGUGGACCCGGUCAGGAGUACCAUGGAGACCCCCGGGGUCACAGAGGAAGCUCAGGAGGACAGUGGGAGAACCAGGAGAGGUUCUCCUCUCACGACGGGGAGUACGACAGAUAUGACUCGUAUGAAGGUCAAGGGGAGGAGUUUGAUCAGAGGCAAAGGCGACCACAAGAAGAUUCGUACAGGAGGGGCGGUCCAAGCGGACGCGGAGGCCGAGGGAGCUACCAAGACGACUACGGAGGCGACGACAGCUUCGAUUCCCAGGAAGAGAUGAGCCAAGGCUGGGGAAACGGAGGACGGGGAAGGCGUGGAGGACCACCGCGAGGAGGUGGUGUAGGAAGAAGGGGGCUUCUGCCGACUCCUGAUGAUGAGGAGGAGGAGGAGGAGGAUUAUGAGGAUUAUGGCCUUUACAGCGAAGGAGGAGGAGGAGGAAGCCAGGAGGGUUGGGAGGGAGGGCGAGAUUCAGGUCAUGACGGGUAUCGAGACAGUCAGCGGGGUGACCACAGCAUGCACGACAGUCAGUCUGCAGCCAGUAGGGAGCGCUCUUCUUCUCUGCAGGGCAUGGACAUGGCAUCUCUGCCACCCCGUAAGAGACCCUGGCACGACGGCCCGGGCACUGGAGACAUGGAUUCACCCGGUUCUGGCCCUGAUGAUCGAGGAUCAGGUCGACCACCACGAGACGACGGUGGCUACGGUCCUCCAUCCAGAGGAGGUCGGGGAGGCUGGGGUCGGGGUGGACCUCCUAACCCUGGAGGUCCAGGCGGCGCCGGUCCGAACAGCAGGCGGGGGGGCGCCCGCGGUGCACUGAGAGGGGGCAGGGGGCGGUAGAGGGUGGUCUAUGGAUUACAGCGAGGACCGAGACGGAAGAGGGCGGGUAUAGGCAAAUUUCACUGCACCACUGUAUCUGUACUGACGGCCAUAUUGGUCCUCCUUGUUUAGAUUUGUCUCAAGCCAGUCGUGGCUCCGCCCCUUCCUGCUGAACCAGUAAAUCUCAAGCUUACUGGAUGAAUUGAUGUUGAUUUUGGGCAGCAUCGCACUUUUGGUGCACCACCCACUGAUGAUUUAAGGAGGCUUAAUAGACGAUCUUACCGAAACGUCCCUCUACAACACAAACCGUUAACGUUUGUCUGCUGGAAAGUUUGUUGUUUGCUGGGCUUUGGCUUCGCCCCCACCUCCGACCGAAGCUUUAAGGAGCAUCGUAACGUCGUCUCCGACUGAAGCCCUCGCCCACUUUCCAAAUCAGAGACUGAAAUAAACCCAAAACUGGACUUUUUAAACAUUUGAAACCUCCAAAGCGCUCGGCUCCUCUUGUUUAAUUUCGUUUUAUGUAAAAUAAUAAUAAGAAGAAUUCUGCGACAUUACCAGGCCAGCUGCCGACUUUGUGUACAUUUUGUCAGGGAAAAAAAAGAAGAUUGUCAUUGUUUUGUCCAUUUUUGUAUAAGACUACAAUAGAAGUUGUGCAAGAUUUAUAACAAAUCGA